ACGUCAAAUAAUCCGUAUCAGGGACAUGCUCGACUGGGCCGUGGCGCGCUCGGUGCUUUAACACCGAUAAAUCUACAUCGUUCAAAAGGGCUUGGAAAGAAGGGUCCAGUUCCACGGGUGAAUUGGGUUGGUGUGAAGAUGAGGCACUCGAUGAAGACGACAAAUUGCACACAUGUACAUGUCGGGAAAGUAUACGCGCGGACCGAGUGGAGAAAGGACGGAGCAUGACAGCCAGAACACUUUUGUAGCGCUUGAUCCAACAACCUGGAUGUGUUCUUGAGACUAGGAAAGAAUGAGAUGACGAAAGAGCUGCAGAGCUGCAGAGAACGGCCGGCAAGAGGCGUACAUUUGGCAAGCGCUGAACAAUAUAUUUCGAUCACUUUGGGCGCUUUUAUCCUAGCAGCAGCCACUCUCGUCACAUCCAUUAUUCUCGAGUUCAAAUUCUGGGUUAGCCACGCAUUUGCUCGUAAGAGUUAUUACGACAACAUGGAUCAGAAGACUGGAAAAGCGGGGGUGGAACGAGAAUUGGAGUCAGUCUCCGAAAGACCGACAAAGCGUCCGCGAGUGGAAGAUCAGAACGGGCCUGUGGAUGCAAGUGCAGGAGAAAGCACUCCGUCGCAAAAUACGCAGCUACAGAUCGAUACAUUGGAGGACGACUGGAAUGAGGACGAAGAGAUAGAGGGCGUUCCGGAGCCUGCACGAGCUUCUGACCUAUACCUAGAUACUAUAAACAGGGCAGUCCUUGACUUCGACUUCGAGAAAGUCUGCUCUGUCUCGUUGUCCAACAUCAACAUAUACGGCUGUUUGGUCUGUGGUAAAUACUUCCAGGGCCGCGGACGAAAGUCGUAUGCAUAUGCGCACUCGAUACAUGACGAUCACCAUGUGUUUAUCAACCUAGAAACUACAAAGGUGUUUGUAUUGCCGGAUGGAUAUCCUGUGUCAGAUCCGUCACUCGAAGACAUCGCGUUUGUACUCGCGCCGACAUUUACCAAAUCAUCUAUCGCCCAUCUCUCUACUCCCGCUCAUCUGACGAAGCCUUCGUAUGACUUGUCAUCGAAACCUUACAUUCCUGGGUAUAUCGGUUUGAACAAUAUCAAGCGAAAUGACUACAUGAAUGUUGUAAUCCACUCUUUGCUUCACGUUGCACCACUUCGGGACCACCUACUGUUAUCCAACUAUCGUGGCAAAGAGUCGGAGUUACUAAAGCGCUUCGCCGGUUUGGCAAAGAAAGUGUGGAACCCUAGAUUAUUCAAGAGCCAAGUCAGUCCACACGAGUUUUUGCAAGAGGUUGGCCGAGCGAGUGGAGGGAAAUUCAGCCUAGAAAGGCAAGGCGAUCCGGUGGAAUUUCUUGGAUGGCUGUUGAAUCGUCUACAUAAAGAUAUGGGCGGCACAAAGAAGAAAAAUUCUAGUGUUAUCUUCUCCACAUUCCAGGGCGAGGUGCGAAUGGAAACCCAACAAGUCGUCGUGCGCUCCACUGUCUAUGGUGACGAGAAGCCGCGGUUUGACAUCGAUCGUGAGAUAAAGUCUACAACAUCUCCGUUCCUUUUUUUGGCCGUUGACCUCCCUCCGCCGCCUCUGUUCCAAGAUGCCGUAGAGAAGAAUAUCAUUCCACAAGUCAGCAUCCAGUCUGUUCUGGCGAAGUAUGACGGGAAAACAACACAAGAAUCAGCGGGGCAGCUUCGCCGAUUCAAGUGCCAGCGGCUGCCACCAUAUAUCAUUUUGCACUUCAAGCGCUUUACCAAAAAUAUAUUCGUGGAGGAGAAAAAUCCGACAAUUGUUAAUUUCCCUCUGAGAGGGCUUGACUUCAGUGAUUAUUUAGAUGCACCUCAAUCCCAUCCACCCGCAGUGUACGAUCUCAUCGCCAACGUCACUCACGAGUCAGCAACAGGAACGACACGGGAUAAGGACAGUAUAAUUUGGAAAGUCCACGUACGAGCUGGAGCAGGCGGCGGAGACAAUGAAAAAUGGUUCCAGAUUCAAGAUCUUAUUGUCGAGGAGAUUCGGAAAGAAAUGAUCUUUCUCGGGGAGACUGUGUUACAGAUAUGGGAACGUAGGGCAGACGCGCCUUCGACUCGAAGUCGGAUGGCGGAGCACGAUUCCAGAUGGCUGUAGAUACAUGAGAAUUGCGUAUUAUUAUCAUUUUCGUAUCCCGAUUUUAAAAUGUUGAAGGGGGAGCAACCUCUGCAUGUUCUGCGUCGUCGAGAAAUAGCAGGACUGUCGCCGUAGUUUGACCAACCGACCUCCGCAUACUGUGAACAAACUAAAUCGAACCAACGGAGUCUUCAAUAACAAUUACUUCUAAGA